CAUUAAUAGUAGAAUUAGUGCUGGCCUCUUUAAUUCACUAUCCAGUAAAGAUUCUGCAGGUGCCCAAACACUGUGAGGAGAAGAAGACCUGGGAAUCAUGUAAAUCCUCUUCCUUCCUCCUGAUGAUCAGGGUAAAUAUUUUAAGGAGGAGAGUGACACUCAGAGACUGGCUCAAAGGGUCCUCCAGCGAAACUUAAGUCAGCGUUCUUUCAGCAUCAUUAAAAUGGAUUUAGAAGACAACUAUGUUGAUGCUUUGGAUCCAGAGAAGUUAAUACAAUGUCCAUAUGAUCGCUAUCAUCAAAUCCGAGCCUGUCGGUUUCCCUAUCAUCUUAUAAAGUGCAGGAAGAACCACCCUAAUAUUGCAGAGCAGCUAGCCACAUGCCCCUUUAAUGCCCGCCAUCAGGUUCCCAGAGCUGAGAUCAGACAUCAUAUAUCAAGCUGUGAUGACAAAAUCUGCAUUGAGCAAGACAUUGUGAGUCAGUCGAAUAACUGCCACAGAGAGAUGAACACUGUCAGCAUGUGGCAGCCGUCCCCAUGUGACGAAGACUGGGAUAAAGAGCUACAGGAGCAAUCAGAUUCUGUGUUCGUUUGGGGCACGUUCAAUAGUGGCAUAAACAACAGCCCUGGGUCCAGCAUAGUGAUGGAACCAAAGAAUAACCUAAUGCCAGGCAUGAGAGCACCCAGGUCCUUGCCAUAUAGCCUAUCCUGGAAAAGCAAGGUGCAUGGAUGGGAAAUUGGUACUUGGAAAAACAAUGGCUCAUCAGCUUUUGCUACAGUCAUCACUAUGGGCUGGCUGGCUGUUUUAUGGAAUAAUAGACCAUUUCCAGAUGCUGGAAAGUAGGUAUCCUGCUACAUGUGGACUCUCCACCUGGAAUCAUUGGACAGGAGCUGGUAACUGAAGACCAGAGAAGAGAAGAAGCUGCUAUUGAAUGCUUAUCUGUUUCCUUUAGAAAUGUGAGGUGCUGGUUAAGAGACUCAGAUAAACUCCCUCUGUGUUGGCUAAGCACUCGCAGCCCUAACCUUCCUGCAGAACUGUCCUUCACAUAUCUGGCUGCUGUCCUGAAAUCAUCCCGACCAAGGUAAUUGGACAGAAUGCUGUUAACCCUUGAUACCAGAGACUCUCAAAAACUAACUCCAUACACGCUGGUGCCAAGGAGCUAGCAGAGUUCAAACGGUCUGAAUCCGAAUGCUCUACAAGUUACCUCCUGGAGGGUGUUUGCAUUAAUCAUUGCUGGACUCCUGCAUGUCUUUGCAUUAAAAUGUGUUGUGGCUGUUUACCCCUGCAUGGUACUGAUGGUGCGUUUCUCUCAUAGGGAUUGCAGUGCCAGGUCAGGCCAUUGGUCCAUGUGGGCCCCCUCACACUGGGGGUAAGCUCUCAAAGUGGUACGGCUCUCCCUGAUGAGGAGUUAGGCAUCUGAAUGUUUGGGUCCCUCUAAGUUUCCCUCUAGAGACCUUGAAUGUGUACUAGUCCUCGGGUGUCCCAGGGUCAGAUCAGC